ACUCUCCCGAAAAUCCGGAUUCCCGGGUGCUCUCCCGAGGAUAAAUCACAGCCAAAAGGGGAGGAACGCAACCUAGGGCUGCCCCGUCAAACAAGAAUGGAGCUCGUCGCCGCCGCCCGCAGCGGCCGCACGAACGACGUGCGACGCCUCCUCGACGCGGAGGGCUGCCGCGUCGACGACGAGGGGGAGGCGGGGGGCAGCCCGCUGUGGUACGCAUGUGCCGGCGGCCACUACCAGUGCGCCAAGCUCCUGCUGCUGCGGGGCGCCGCCGUCGACCGCGAGCGCGACGGCACGACGCCGCUCCUCGUCGCCUGCCAGAACGGGCGGCUUGACGUCUGCGAGCUGCUGAUCGAGCGCGGGGCGUCGAUCGCGACGCCGACGACAUCUGGUUUGAGUGCGUUGAACACGGCGGCGCGCGGCGGCCACGCAGACAUCGUCGCGCUGCUCCUCGCGCGGGGCUUCUCGCGCGGCGCCGAGACGGCCUUCGCGCGCGAGAUCGCGAAGAUCCACGGUCAUACAGACGUCGUCGAGCUGCUCGACGCCUUCGCGCGCGGCGACCCGCCGCCGCCGCCGCCCAAGUCGCCCAUCGUCGACAUCACCGUCGACCGCGUCGAGGUGAGCUCGCCGCCGUCGGGCGUCGCCGGGCCGACGCCAGCGGAUGAAUUAGCCGGCGCCAUGGGCCUCUGCGGGUCUCCUAGAACCGACGCCUCGGACGGCCCGCCUUCGCGGUCGAACAGCCCGGCGACGCUGCCCGGCGCGCUCGCCGGCGCCAUCGACUUCUUCGGCUGCGGCUCGCCGCAGGAGGUCGUGGACGCCGACGACGCGCCGGCCUCGCCUCCUCCUCGCGCACGGCAGUCGGACGCGCCAGCCUCGCCGCCGUCGCCGGGGACAAUUUCGUCCGCAUCAGCGUCGCCGACGCGACGCCGCUGGCCGAGCGUCCAGGUCGACAGCGACGAGGAGGACUACGCCCCGCCUGCCGGGCAGCUCCACCAUAGAUUGAAACCAGUCGCGGAGGAGACGUCCCUGCUGCCGCCGCUCACGCUGAAGGAUCCCGGCACGUCGUGUCGGGAGGAGCUCGAGCGCCUCGAGGCGCGGGGCUCCAUCCCCUCUGGCUUGGUGGGCGACUGCCUCCGGCGGACGGGUGAGUUGCGCCUUGACACGCCCGUGCUCCUCGACGACGACGAGCUACUGGCGCUUGUGGCCUACACGUAUGACAACCAGAGCGGCUCGCCCGCUGGGCAAUUCUAUGAGGAGGUGAAUCGGGCGCUCCGGAACCGGCGAGGGCGACGGGAGCUUGUGCAGCGGUGGGGCGGCGUCCUGUACUAUCUGAUGGCGGCCCUCACCCGGCUCCCGGAUAUGAGUGGUCUGUUUUAUCGAGUGUGCCCCGACCGGCUGCAGUUGUCGAAUUACCCGGUGGGUGGAAGGAUCCAGUACGGAGCAUUCUUCAGCGUCACCGCGGACCUCGCGACGGCCACGGCCGUCGCGGAUACGACCACCGACGUGAUACUCCGCCUGCGCUUAAAGCACGGCCGGGCCGUCGAGGACUACUCGUGCUUCCCGGAUACGCAAGAGAUCGUCGCCUCGGCGCGCGCGCGUUUUGUGGUGGCGUCGGGGCCGCGCGUCGAGGGCGGCUUCACGUACGUGGACCUGGUCGAGGAGUCGCGGGAGGAUUUUUAAAACAACUAUUUAC